AUGGCAAGCCAAGAUGUUGCGUCGAUGGUGCAAGGGAGCGGAGCAGACGCUUCACCGCGCCAGGAGGUCAUCAUCCACAGGACCGUGCGAGACGUUGGCGGGGCCAACUGGCUGGUCCUUACACGCACAAACUACGGCGAGUGGGCGGUGCUGAUGAAGGUCAAGUUACGUGCGCGCAAGCUUUGGCGGGCCAUCGAUGAAGGCACCGAGGAUGAAGAAGAGGACUGUGCAGCGAUGGAAGUGAUUCUGUCCGCUGUGCCUCACGAGUACGUGGAGUCGCUGGGCGCAAAGGACUCCGCAAAGACUGCUUGGGACGCCCUCAAGGCCAUGCGCAUUGGGUCUGAUCGCGUAAAGAAGGCGAAGGCGCAACAACUGCGGCGGGAGUACGAGGCGCUGGCAUUCUGCGACGGCGAGGCAGUGGAGGAUUUUUCGCUCCGUUUGCAGUCGCUCGUCAGUUAUCUGGCAGCUCACGGCGUCAUCAUCACCGACAAGGAGGCGGUCGCGAAAUACUUGCGCGUCGUGCCGCCUAAGUAUGCCCAAAUCGCGCUCUCCAUCGAGACGUUGAUCGACAUGUCCACCCUCACGAUUGAGGAUGUGAUUGGGCGCUUGCGGCUCGUAUGCGCGAGCGGCGACCCGGGUAAGGCUCCUCCAACCGUGGUGGCUACGGCAAGCGCCGUGGCAAGGCCCCGCAGAAGAAAAAGGACGGCAACAACGCACGUCCGAUCGAUAAGGACACUGGAUUGCAAGAAUCCCAAGAAGGAGAAGAGGGAGGCGCACCUCGCGCAGGUGGACGACGAGGAGCCAGCUAUUCUCAUGGGAACGGCCUGCAAGUUGCACGACAUCGAGCCAGAGUCGGAGGAAGUCAAGGCAACAGCUACAGAGCAGGGAAAGGUACUGCAGGCCGUUCACCUCGACGAGUCAAGUGCCCAAGUCCACCUUGGACGAAUGGGCGGUGGCAUGGAGCAGAGGUGGUACUUGGACUCCGAUGCCAGCAACCACAUGACCGGCUCCAAGGAGGCCUUCUCGGAGCUUGAUGACGGCAUGACGGGGACGGUGAAGUUCAGCGACAGCUCGAAGUUGCGUUCAAGCAUGAUCAGCAUCGGGCAACUGGACGAGCACGGCUGCGAGGUGCUUGUCAAAGGCGGCGUGCUAAAGCUCCAGGAUCGGGAACAACGGCUGCUGGCUAAGGUCCAGCGUUCCCGGAACCCCUCUACCUCCUUAAAAGUGGAGCAACCGGUGUGUUUGGCGAUGGUGUGCGGGCUCCCACACAUCGAGCACACAAGCGAGCUGUGCGACAGCUGCCUGGCAGGGAAGCAGAGGCAGCUGCGUUUCCUAAAGACGACCAAGUAUCGUGCGGCGGACGUCCUCGAAUUCGUCGGCGACCUCUGCGGGCCGAUCACGCGGGCUACGCACGGCGGAAGACGCUACUUCCUGCUGCUCGUGGACGACCGUAGCCGUUUCAUGUGGUCGCAUCUCCUAACGAGUAAGGAUCAGACGACGGAGGCGAUUAAGCGGUUCCAGGCGCGGUCUGAGGCAGAGUCCGGGAAGCGGCUGCGCGUACUGAGAACGAAUCGCGGUGGUGAGUUCACAUCUGCGGAAUUUGCCGCGCAGCCCGGCGUCUCGUUUUUGAGGACGUUCGGGUGCAUUGGCAAACUUGAGGAUAGGAGCACACCGAUGGUGUUCCUAGGCUACGAGGAGGUGAGCAAGGCCUAUCGGCUGUACGAUCCACGUGGAGGCAAGGUGAUGGUCCGCGGGAUGUGGUGUUCGACGAAAUGGCGGCCUGGGAUUGGGAGAAUCCUGGCACGGGGGAAGCCCGUGGAAUCGGCAUCCAUCUAUGGGCACGGGCGAAGAGUCUCCACCAGCGGCUGUGCACACGCCCCCACCACAGUCCCCUGCUGCGGCAGGACAGGGUCACCUCCAACGACAACAGUUGAGUUCACCUCUCCUCCAAGCGACAUCGAUGAGUAUGUGGAUGCCUUCCACGAUGGUGAAGAGAUGAGGUUUCGCAAGAUGGACAACCUCGUUGGCUACUCGGUUGUACCAGGCUUGGCAAGCCGAUUACUCGACGAUCAGGAGCUGCUCUUCGUCAGUGCAGAGGAGCCAUCGACUUUCGCGCAGGCCGAGCGCGAUGUCAGUUGGAGACGAGCUAUGCUAGAGAAGAUGAAGGCGAUCGAGGAAAAUGAGACGUGGGAGCUCGUCGAUCCACCUCCAGCCUGCCAUCCAAUCAGGCUCAAAUGGGUCUACAAGGUCAAACGGGAUGAGAGUGGCGCCAUAGUCAAGCACAAGGCACGCCUCGUUGUUCGCGGUUUCGUCCAGCGUGAGGGCAUCGACUUUGAAGAAGUUUUUGCACUAGUGGCGCGCAUGGAGUCAAUUCGCCUACUAUUGGCCAUGGCGGCAGCGAAGGACUGGCGCAUUCAUCACCUAGACGUGAAAUUGGCCUUUCUUAACGGGGAGCUAGCAGAGACUAUAAGGCACUCUAUGGGCUCUGACAAGCCCAUGAGCGUGGAACUCCAAGCUCGAUGCCACCCUGGGUACGCUUGGGUUUACGCGCUGCGCGACAGAACACGCGCUCUACACGCGACGACGAGGGAAUGGGAGCUCGUCGUCGGCGUGUAUGUGGAAGACUUGAUCAUCACCGAGGCAAGAGAAUGGGACAUCAAUGGCUUCAAGCGUGAGAUGGCAGCUCGUUUCCGCAUGAGCGAUCUCGGGCAGCUCUCCUACUACCUCGGCAUGGAGGUUAAGCAGGGGAGAGACUCCAUCACUCUUUGUCAGCGUGCAUAUGCGGGGAAGUUGUUGAAGAGGAGCGGCAUGGCUGACUGCAAGUCAUGCAUGACUCUGAUGGAGGAGCGGCUGAAGUUGACGAAAGCCAGCACUGCGGAGAAGGUGAAUGCAACACUCUACCGGAGUAUCGUCGGCGGGCUGCGCUACCUAGUCCACACGAGGCCAGAUAUCGCAUUCGCCGUGGGCUAUGUCAGUCGCUUCAUGGAGGAUCCUCGAGAGGAUCAUUGGGCUGCAGUAAAAUGA